AUGGAGAUACCUGGAUACUAUUUCGAUGAAACAAAGAAGAAAUAUUUCAAGAUAACUCAUAAUGAUGGUGGUUCUAGAGCUAGCAAAUACAGUUCGAGUUCAAUAAAAAAAGUGAAUGAAAAGAAUGAGAGAUCUAGGAAAAGGGCCAAAUUCGAAAUCAAACCUACCAAUAAUGUUCCAUUCGCACUUAAAGAAGCUCAGCAUAUCCAAUCAAUGAUUAGUUCGAGACCCAUAGAUCAAAUAAGAGCCAGCAUUCAGGAGUUUGAGAUUACCAAGUUACGAUUUGAAGGAUCAAUGAAGACAAGAGGCAGAUUGAACUCCGAUUCUUUAAAGAAAAUUACUUGUGAUGGCCAAAGUAUGAUAUUGAGUAGUCUCAAUAAUAUAUAUGAGAUACCCUUAGAAUCUUUAGAAUUCAACUCAACUCAAGAGUUGUUCCCAAUGCUCAAACUCCAUAGAGUUGAUAAAGUGACUUCACUUUUGAGAGAUCUAACAAUAGUUGAAAAUAACGAGACAAGACCAAUUAUAAGGACAUGGUUUGGUGGUAGUCCUGAUGAACCUAGUGAAGUUGAAUUGAGUACCGAAGUUCCUCAUAUGACAACAAGGAGUCAUGUUCAAAGUCCAAAAAAUGAAUCAUUCAACAAAUCAAUUUACAAUUAUCAUAGUGACUCCAUUCUGAUAUGUGGAAGUAAGAGUGUGCUUAAAUAUAGCUCAAAUUUAUUUGGAUCUAAUAGGCAAGUAAUCUAUAAAGGGUUUGAUGUUUUGUCGAUAGAUUCAAAAGAGAAGAACAUUUAUGUUUUAGGAGCUCGAAAUGGGCAAGCUAUGGUUGUGGAUGAUAGGUUAGAUUAUAGGAGAUUUUCUCAAGGAAAUGAUAAUAGAAGGGGAAAUUCGCCACUUAUAAAUAUAAAAUGUUUGAGUGCUGAUCGCGUUCUUUGUUCAUAUUUGGGUUCUAAAUUGAAAUUAUUUGAUAUCAGAAUGGGGUUUAAAAAUCCACUAGUUGACUACAAUACUGCCAAAUCAGUCCAAAAUGUUUUUGGUGAACAGUUAGAAAUGAUUGAUGAUCGUAUAGCAAGACUUCAGAACCAAUCGUUGUGUGAAUUUUUCAACAUCACAAACCCUGUUCCAUUGAGAACCAUUGAGUUCAGUUCUGACGAGCAGGCAAUCGAUAGCUGCUCAAGUUUGAAAGGUAGUGCACAAAAACUUUUGACUACAGAUGGAAAGAAUAUAGGAUUUUACGGUUAA